AUGGGCCGAAAUGUCAGCUAUCUGAAUGAGGAUGAGAUCGAUAUCCGAAGACGUUAUGUAAGCGAGAUUCAGCUCAUUCUGUUGACGGACGAGAGUAUCUGGGUUUUGAGUGAGGCAGAACAGGCGGUUUUCCAGCAGGCCCGGUUCUGGGCGCUGCUAUGGACAACUGAAUUACGCCGUCUUGAAAGCAUUCAUGCUACCCUCAGCAGAACAGACAACAGCAACGAAUACCUUUCAUCUACCAGACUGGCUACCGCCAUCGAGCUCAAGUCAGCUGUCCUAAAUACACACGCCUACGUAGGCUAUGACCAAGUUGGCGAUAAACCGGAGAACAUCGCUCGUAAUGAAAGCGCAGCGGAGAAAGCUUACAGAGACCUAGAGGUCAAACUUAUCGGGUCCGGCACCAUCAUUGAUACCCCGAGUAACAUGGUGACUCUCACGCAUAAGCUUCACAAGUACAUGGACGACGCCAUCUUUGGUUUGGAGCCAGUCAGUUAUAUUUCUCAACGCAAACCUGAGCUGAACGCACCUUCCGGAGAGUCCAACGGCCAAGAAAUGAACACGGGACCAGCCACUGGUGAUAGCCGCACCCAAGGACAUGCGGAGUUGCAGACAGAUGACGCCUCUCUGAAGAUUCCAGACCCAGACCAUCGGUCUGGUACAUCCGCAGGCUUACGGACAGUUGACGUUAACCUUGUCGCCUCUGGGGAGAGUCCGAAUCGAAGGUCUAGACGGGCCAUGGAGUGCAACUUGGAGAGAAAGGCCGAUGCCGAGGCUGAGGCCGACAGGAUCCAGGCGCGAGAGGAAGAGAAGAGACCCGAAGAGAUGAGGCAACACGGUCUGGAGAUACGCUGUCACUGGCUACCAAGGACCAAUCUCAGAUGCCCCUUGGACAAGGUCGAAGACUUUGGAGCCGACCCGAGGGAGAUGAUGGAGGAAUGGUCGGCCGAGAACUAUGAAUUUCGGUACGAGUCAGGACAGCCGCUCAACUCAGGGACGAUCAUAACGAUCUGGGCAGACAAGAAGGCGGACCUGCCGGAUGUUGGAAUAAUGAAGUUCAUAUUUCAGGCCCUCUGCUUUCACCGCCUCAGUGGAGGCGCCGACACGAGGAUUUACCGCCCGUGGACGCACUAUGAGACAGAAGACCCUGGUCACACAUACGCGAGUGACCCGAGGAGGGAGGCGGAGCGACGCAUUCUCAAGAUACUUGCGGAAGAUGAUAAGGCAGGCGGAGUUCACAAUGCCGAUAGAAACAGGGAAACUGAGAAGGAAAUUCUCCGUGCGCUUGCCGAGUUGGAGAUAUCACCCGCAGAAGCUUCUUCGAACCAAGUUGUCGACGGGGGCUCGGAUCGGAGACGCACGCGAGGCGAAUACACAUGCUGUUGCCAUCGAUGA